AGGGGCGGAGCCAAACUCUGUGCAGGUAACAGGAAGUGAACUAAAAAAUGCUUCGUUGCUCAAAAAGAGAAGGUUCCUGUUAUCUCACAAGGGGCAAAGCCUAACUGAUCAAUUGCUGUCGACCGUGUCAGGAGCUAGACAAGCAUACAGGAAGUUAAUUCACAAACAGGAAGUGACAUCACCUGUCAGCGAUGGAGCAGUGGGCAGUAUGAGGAAAUUGCAGAGCUGGUCUGUGGUCAGAGUGUUGACGCCUCGCAGGAAGAUGCUGCUACUCGCCGCUCUGCUCGCCGCUCUGGCAGUGGUUUUGGAAGCAGGAUAUCACCAUGAUGGAUCCAUGCCUGGCUCUCUGAACAACAUCAGUAAGAACGAUCCUGGCCUCCAGAAGGUCAUCCUGGAUGCCGCCUACUCCUUCAACAACCAAUCAAAUGAUGCCUUCCUGUUCAAAGCCUCAGCCAUCCAGCGAGCGCAGCAACAGAUCAUUAAAGGCAUCCGUUACAUCGUUGAUCUGGAGAUUUCCAGGACAGUAUGUCAUAAACAAGAUAACAGCAACAACCUGUCCGACUGUGACUUCCAGCCUGAAGGUCCUCUGCAGCAGACAUUUCAGUGUCACCUGGAGGUUUGGCUGAUUCCCUGGAAGGAUCAGAGUAGAGUUCUUAAGCUCCUCUGUGAAACCUGAGGCUACAGCCCAUGCUUCUGAUCCGCUACAACUGGACAACAUCCACAGAACGUUUCCUGCUAUUUAUAGCUACGCCAACAAUAAAACAAACACAAAAAA